GCCUACUUUACAUGACUGCUGUAAGGAUUAAGUGAGACAGCAUGAAAAUGGGCUAUACAAAAGUAAGGUACCUUGGUAUUACUACUGGUUCUUUUUAAGACCAGAGCAGUUGCCCAUUUGAUCGGUAUUUUAAUUUUCACUUUACCCAGGGUAAAAUAAAAAUCCUUUGCUUGGGGAAAUGUAAAUAAAUAUACUUUAUCCUAGUGACUUCAAAAGUGAGAGAAACCAAAGAUGGAACCUACAGAAAUUAAAAAAACAAACCAAAACAACCACCCCACAACUGAAGAGUCUACCUUCAGAAAAAUCAAUGUUUAGUCAAACAUUAGGUAAUGUACUACAGGUGUUCCCCUGGCCACUUAUACCAACAGUUGGAAACAAAUAUUCACAACAGUGUGACGGAAAAACUGGCUAGAGUUAAAUCGUACUGUACUUGUACGUAAGUACAUUUGAGUUUGUGGGGUUUUUUUAAAUCAUUUUUUGCAUUUGUCAAGCAAGAUUAUUGGAAUAAAAUUUCGCUUUACUAUUCUUUCUUUUUUUUUCUUUCCUUUUUUUUUUUGUCUUUUUUUUUUUUUUGUCUUUUGUUGUUGUCGUUGUUGCUAUUUCUUGGGCCGCCCCCUCGGCACAUGGAGAUUCCCAGGCUAGGGGUUGAAUCGGAGCUGUAGCCACCGGCCUACGCCAGAGCCACAGCAACGCAGGAUCCGAACCGCGUCUGCAACCUACACCACAGCUCACGGCAACGCCGGAUCGUCAACCCAUUGAGCAAGGGCAGGGACCGAACCCGCAACCUCAUGGUUCCUAGUCGGAUUCGUUAACCACUGCGCCACGACGGGAACUCCUACUAUUCUUUCUUAUGUAAAGUGUAAAUGAUUGUUGCUAGUAAUUUUUAAAAGAAAAUGUCAAAUUCAGGCCCUGAAUACAAUGAGAUCUGCUGACCAAAGGGUAAUAGUCACACUCUGUACGUAAGACAAAAUAUAUGGUCUAGGAGGCAAAGAUUCAAUAUUUGGCCAAUUUCUGCCAGUUGUCUUUGCUGGAAAACCUACAACUUCAUUUCAUUUUUGUUGGAAAAAAACAAAGGCUGGUUUUAGACAGAUCAAUAAUGCAGCUCUCACAAAACCUCCUGAACAAAGUUUUUCUUGGGCUUUACUUAGAGGCAGUUCAAUUACAAUGAUAUAACAUGGGUACUAGCAGGAAUAAUCCUAGUAGUUCACUAAUAAACCUUUGCACACUAACAAGUCUUUCAAAUGUUGAGCUGCUACUGGAAACUGUUGGUAAGUCUUCUGAAAUAGCGUGAUUCUUUCCCUCAAUACAGCACCAAGAGCAGUUACAUUUGGCUUAAAGUUUUUUGAAAAGAGCAAAAAUUCAGAAGGUAUUAUAAACUCUCAUCUGAAGUCAUAUUCUAUUUGACACAUUCACUGACUGUGUGAAGUGUUAAAAAGCCUUGGGUCUGUGGUAAGCAAAAAGGAUAUUCCUAAAGGAAACUGUGGGAGCUUUAGUGUUCCACGCACAAGAAUGUGAGAAAAUGAUUAGCAUCACUGCUCUUGUAAGCUACUCAGUAAAACUUGUCCUAGUCUCCAGAGCGUCAGAGGAGGAGGUAAAUCUGAAGUUCUGAAGUCUGGUUUAAGCACAUAAUUCUGCACAGCUGGAUAAUUCCAGAACAACUUUCAGGUAAAGGCAGACCAAACCAGAAGAUGGAAGGGAAUGUCUAAGAGGUUAGUUCUAUCUUCCUGUCUUUCUUUCCUUUUCUUUCUUUUUUGCUUUUUUUAGGGCUGCACACGCGGCAUAUGGAGGUUCCCAGGCUAGGGGUCCAAUCAGAGCUACCAGCUGCCAGCCUAUACCACAGCCUCAGCGAUGUGGGAUCUGAGGCAUGUCUGGGACUUACAUAGCUCACAGCAACACCAGCUCCUUAACCCACUGAGCAGGACCAGGGAUCAAACUUGCAUCCUCAUGGAUACUUGUUGGGUACAUUACCACUGAGCCAUGAUGGGAACUCCUAAAAGUGUAUUUUAUUUUUUAAAAUUGUAUUUAUUUAUUUAUUUUGCUCUUUUAGAUCUGCACUGCAGCAUAUGGAGGUUCCCUGGGCUAGGGGUCGAAUUGGAGUCACAGCUGAUGGCCCACACCACAGCUACAGCAACGCAGGAUCUGAGCUGUGUCUGCAACCUACACCAUGGCACAUGGCGACACCAGAUUCUUAACCCACUGAGCAAGGCCAGGGAUCGAACCUGCAACCUCAUGGUUACAAGUUGGAUUUGUUUCUGCUGUGCCACUAUGGGAACUCCCUAAAGAUGUAAACAGCAAACACCUGAACUUAAAAAUUUGAGAAAAGUCAGGAGUUCUCCUGUGGCACAGCCAGUUAAGGAUCUGGUGCUAUCAUUGCAGUGGCUUGGGUCACUGCUGUGACACAGGGUCAAUCCCUGGCCAGGGAACUUCCAUAUGCCAUAGGAAUGGCCAAAAAAAAAAAAAGGGAAAAAGGAAAAAAAAAAAACAAACCAGAAAGUCAGAGAAGAUAACAGCAAGGGCUAAAUACAUAGCAAAAAACUAACUGCAGAAAUCAAAUCGUUCAGAAGCAAGCAUCUUCAUUCUGAGGGGACUGCUGCAAAGAAGCACUCCUAUCUGAAUGAUCCUGCUCACACACAGGUCCGAGUCCCAGGAGCUAGCCAUUAGGCAAAUGUAAAACGCCCAGGACAUUCAGUAACUGCCUGGUACCCUGAGAGACUAACCCUCGUUAAGCCUAUUUGAAUGGCCCAUGGCAACCACGGCCACACUUUGGUAAGGCAGGCCUCCCAAAUGCUCCACAUAACCUUUGAAGCAGAAGUUCUAAAGUUCUCAAACAACAAGGUUAUAGCAAGUAAAUGUUUACACAGCCACUGAAGAAUAGCUACUCAAGGUAUUUAUGAGAGAGGCUUGCAUUGAUACCAUUUUCAAAUUAGGAAACUGAGGCAUAUAGGGUUUGUAGAAUUUGUCAUAAGCCACAAACCAACUCAUCUGAAAGAGGAGAGCUGAGGAGGAAGCUGAAGGUCUGGCUGAACAUUAGAACAGACUCAGCAACAAAACGACCAGUUUGGCCUCAUCUUCAGGAUUUGGCCUCUAGCCAAGCCAACCAAGUCUGUGGUAGCAACACACAGAAAUAGAACCUUUGAGUUCCUAACUUCCACUCCUGUGUUUUGCUCAGUAGAUAACCAAGGGACCAUUAGUAAACUAGUUUUAUUCCCAACUUUUCUUAUCAAGGAAUGGAAAAGCUUAUGGGUCAACCUUAAAGAUGAUAAGCUUUCAUCUUCAUAAAUGAGUAACAAAUUUCUGCACCUGGUACAGUAUUCUCCACUUAGCAGCAUCCAAAGGUUUAAGUAGAUAACUUCACAAUGGGGGGUGAAUUGCAAGAGUCUUUGAUGCUCCACCAUUAAAUUCUGGGCCAAAUAACCACAAAGAUAAUCUUUAGAGCCCCUUUCAGCUAUGACUGUUUAACUCCUACCAAGUUAAGUUAGUAUCGGCUUUUCCUAACUUGCAUCUUCUCUUGAUUCUCUUAAGAACAGUGUAAAGUGAACAUGAUGUAAGCACGAGUCAACCUACAGCAUGAGUCAAGUGUACUGAAGCUUCAUUUAGGAUAAAUGGUUCAAAUUUUAGAUUAAGAACCUGAGUCAACGGUGAUCGUAUUACUGUAUUUUUGCAAUCCAGUUCUAAGACUUCUUCUGAGAACAUCAUGGUGUGGCGGGCAGGGCAAGAAAAUAGUUAAAGCUAUGGAACUGUCACUCCUACAACCUAAAAAAAAUUACUAUAGGGGAAACAGGCUUCAGUUCUGAAAGAUUUGACCAUCUGUAAUUGGCAAUGAGAUUCAUCACAAGAUACCCUCAAAGAUAAAGCUCACUGCUCUCAACUCUCCUACUUCUGACUCUACCUAGACAUAUACAUAUAUAUUUUUUCCUGGCUGCACCUAUAGCAUGUGCAAGUUUCCCUGGGCCAGGGAUGGAAACCACACCACGACAGCAACUAAAGCCGCCGCAGUGACAAUGCCUGACCCUCAACCAGCUGCGCCACAAGGGAGCUCCAACCUAGGCAUAACUUUAACUGACCUUUUAGCAAUCUUAAGCUACCCCUGAGCAAUAAUCUCUCUGAAUUUAGAUUUCGAGCUGGAAACAAGAUGCCUUAAUCGCAAUUCAAGAAAAGAAUUUCACAUCAAACUUUAAUCCUUAAAAAGCUGCUACAGCUGUAAUAUAAGGUUCAGUGUUUAUUUUUUUCAAAGCAGGUUUCCUCUACCCGCCGAACGCCAUAUAUGAAGUAGCUCAAAACUGCAAUUUCUAUUUUGGUAGCCAUCUGGGAUCCACAGAAGUGACUUACAAUUACUUGGAAUUUCAAAAUAGAGGUUCCCUAGUAACAAUGCACCAGUAGUGAAAUACUCCCCCAUUUUGUUUCAGUUGUGGGGGAAAAGUUCUUUAAACUGGAAAGAAUUUGUAAUGUUAUAAAGACUACACUGGAAUUAGUUCGUUUUUUCCUCUAGGAGGGCAGCCAUUUCUCCAAAAGUUUCGGUAAAAAUUAUGGCUCAGAUUUCAAAAUGCAAACAGAUGUUCCUGAAGCAUCUGAAACGGGCCACUCCACUUUUGUUCCCAGAAUCCAGGCGACUCCAAGUUACUUUGUGUCCCAACUCUGCAAAGGGCAAAACCCCAACCCCCUUUGGUGUAAACUUUCAAGAAAAGUGCAACAGCCCAUUUGUGGGGUUUCCCCAAGUGGCUGGUGACGUGCGAGAUCAGGUCGUUCCAAGAAUCAGGGCUGGACAAGGAGCAAACUCGAGGGCAAGAGCGCGCAGAGAUUCCCACGUGCCCCUACCUAGGUGGGCCCAGGGAGAAUUAGUGGUUGCUACAGUAGGAAGAAGGCUGUUCCUUUUCACAGCCCUGGCCGCGGGAUGGCCUCGGUGUACAGGGGGUGGGGGGCGAUGGGGGGGCGCGGAGAGAGAUGGUGGGUGCACCUGGCUAUCCGCCCUCUGAGCCUCCGGCUGACUGCCACGCCAGAGGAACGCGCGGCCGGAGCUGCGACCUCCACCCGCCCCCGAAGCGCCAGUCUUUGGAAUCUGGCGUCGCCCCGACCUUGCCGGUGGAGCAGGUGUCACUAGUUAAAGGCAUCUGCUGAAAGAUUUGGAACAGAAGAAGGUGGCUACUCCAAACCAGCCCAACGGUAAUACAGAGUCACCAGCAGCCCUGGAGGAGGCCAAGAUCUCUGGUGCUCCUGGGAGCCCCAAAACAUCCCCUGAGCCUCAUGACCCUGGAGGUUCCCUGCCCCUGACACCCCAGAUGGAGAGCCACUCAGAGGAGGAAGAUCCUCCUGUGGCUGGAGGUGGCCUGGGCUGGAACGGUAGGGGUUCCGGCUCUCAGAGCCCAGGGGGCUGCUCAGUGGAGGCCGUACUGGCCCGGAAGAAGCACCGCCGGCGGCCUUCAAGGCGCAAGCGGCACUGGCGGCCCUACCUGGAGCUGAGCUGGGCUGAGAAGCAACAGCGGGAUGAGAGGCAGAGCCAGAGGGCCUCCCGGGUCCGAGAGGAGAUGUUCGCCAAGGGCCAGCCUGUGGCACCCUACAACACCACCCAGUUCCUGAUGAACGACCGAGACCCUGAGGAGCCCAACCUGGAUGUGCCCCAGGGGGCCUCCCACCCAGGCUCCAGCGGGGAGAGUGAGGCAGGGGACAGUGAUGGGCAGGGCCGGGCUCACGGGGAGUUCCAGCAGAGGGACUUCUCCGAGGCCUACGAGCGCUAUCACACCGAGAGCCUGCAGGGCCGCAGCAAGCAGGAGCUGGUGCGCGACUACCUGGAUCUGGAGAGGCGGCUGUCACAGGCGGAGGAGGAGACGAGGAGGCUGCAGCAGCUGCAGGGGUGCACCAGCCGGCAGCCCUGGCGCCAGGUGGAGGAGCUGGCCGCCGAAGUAGAGAGGCUCCGGACGGAGAACCAGCGGCUUCGGCAGGAGAAUGAGAUGUGGAACCGAGAGGGCAGCCGCCGGGGUGGGGAGCCGGGCACCUAGGGGUGCUCCCCCGCCAGGCCGAUCCAAGGAGAAGACCCAUUUCAUGCCCACUCAGGCCAGCUGGGUCUCAGGGAGGCAGGUCUCAGCACCCUGUGCCCUCCGAGAACGGCUGAUGUAGGUUCAGGCUUCCACCUUGUUAUGGCCACAGUUCUUUGAUGUCAUCUUAUUUUUCACAAAUUAAAUGAUUCUGGUGAGAUUA